AAAUACGACUUUUCAGGCUAUCAAUGCGCACCGUUGGGGGCACCUCCAGAUGUCGCCCGCCAGCGUGGUUGCAGGCUCGACACUUUCUCGUUGCAUUGGUAUCCGGCAAAUAGAUAUGAAGACAACGAUACACUCAAGCUCAUGACGGAGUUUACAGAUAUGGAUUGGCCGCGUUUCUACGACCCCGAAGCGCGGCACAAGAUGGACGGGUUCAAUCCAGCGGACAAGCAAGCUUGGGUGUCUAAAAAGGAACACUUGUGGCACUGCGGUUAUUUGCUUAUGCAAACGCACCUCUGGAUCACAAAGGGCUUUGACCCGCCUGUCAACUACGAGCACACAGAACAUUGUACGCGCACGCUUUUGAAGACGAUUGAACUGGACCCUCCGCCCGACUUGGAAGACAUCAAAUCCAACAUCAAGACGCCAGAACAGCCUGAACACUGGCCUAUAGUAAGU